UGGACUUUGAUCCUUCUCUGAUUCCUUUGCCUGCCUUCGCGCGGACGAAGGUUUCAAAGACCUGUUCGUUUUUCUUGCCGCACACAGUUAAAUAAAAUAUUUUAAUAUAAUGUCGGACAACGUAAGUCCCAUCAAAUAUUUUUUAAGCGGCGGCUUCGGCGGUGUCUGCACCGUGGUUGCUGGUCAUCCACUGGACACCAUUAAGGUAAGACUUCAGACUAUGCCAGUACCGGGACCUAAUGAAUCACCUCUGUAUUCGGGUACCUAUGACUGCGCCAAAAAAACAGUAACCAAAGAAGGACUACGUGGUUUAUACAAGGGUAUGGGUGCACCUCUGUCUGGUGUCGCUCCGAUAUUUGCUAUAAGCUUUUUUGGAUAUAGCGUCGGAAAGAAGCUGCAACAAAGAUCUCCAGAUGAGAAACUUAGCACGCUACAGUUGUUUUAUGCCGGUGCUUUUAGCGGCAUAUUCACGACAGUUAUAAUGGCACCUGGAGAACGUAUUAAAUGUCUUUUGCAAAUACAGCACGGAGAUGCUAAACCAAGGUACAGCGGACCUGUGGACUGUGCCAAACAAUUGUAUCGAGAAGGAGGUAUUGGGAGCAUCUACAAAGGCACCUGUGCAACACUGCUAAGAGAUAUUCCAGCCAGCGGAAUGUACUUCUUAACGUAUGAAUAUCUGAAAGAUCGCUUUACUCCUGAGGGAGGUAAGCUCAGUUUACUGGCUACUAUAGCGGCCGGCGGAUUCGCAGGAAUCGCGAACUGGUUGGUCGGUAUGCCACCUGACAUACUGAAGAGUCGCCUGCAAACUGCACCAGAAGGCACGUACACGCGCGGAGUUCGCGAAGUAUUUGUUAAGCUAAUGAAAAACGAGGGACCAACAGCACUUUACAAAGGCGUUGUGCCCGUUAUGUUGCGAGCUUUCCCCGCGAACGCAGCGUGUUUCAUGGGAUUCGAAGUUUUUAUGAAGUUUUUGAACUGGAUCGCACCGAAUUUGUAAAUUCAAUUAUUAUAUAAAAAAAAAAAAAACCUAUGUAAAAUGUUAGGAGAAAAUAUUCUGCCGUGUAAUACAAUUUUUUAUAUUGCGUAUACACACAUAUAUAUAUAUAUAUAU